AUGCCCAAAAUUCAAUUUUCUUUCAACGAUGAAACUCCGGAUGCGAAAAUCAACAGAGAGAAGAGACAGACGAAAGUCAAAGAGGAGUUCCAAAAGGCAUGGUCUGGGUAUAGAAAGAAAGCAUGGCUACACGAUGAAUUAUCCCCUGAGACGGGUGGUUUCAAGGAUCCCUUCUGCGGAUGGGCAGCGACCUUGGUGGAUAGCUUGGAUACACUUUGGAUUAUGGGUCUGCAGGAGGAGUUCGAGAACGCUGCAAGAGCAGUCGAUCUGCUAGACUUUACUACCAGUCCGCGAGGAGAUAUACCAGUCUUCGAGACCACCAUCCGAUACUUAGGCGGCUUGAUCGCAGCUUAUGAUGUUAGUGGAUACAAGUACAAAAAUUUACUGGACAAAGCCGUCGAACUGGCCGAAAUCCUGUUGGGGACUUUCGAUACUCCUAAUAGGAUGCCGCAAGCGUACUAUUACUGGAAGCCAACAUAUGCAUCACAACCAAAGAGGGCGAACAUACGAACCAACUUGGCCGAGCUUGGAUCCUUGGCCAUGGAAUUCACAAGAUUGGCACAACUUACGGGGAAUCAAAGAUACUAUGAUGCAGUUGCGCGAAUCACUAAUGCUCUCUCUGAGUGGCAAGAUCGUGGGACAGCUCUUGGGAGUGUCUUCCCCGAGAACGUAGAUGCAUCAGGUUGUAACCGUACCGCACAUGCACAACAACCAAUGUCAGCGGAGGGAGAACCAGCUAUUGUCCCAGGAAAGAUUGUGGACGAUCCAAUUGGUUACCAACCUGACACUCCUGGCAAUGUGCCUGAGCCGAAGCCGAGGAAGAGACCAACAAAGGACGGUCCGCACACUCUAGAUUUUCAGGUUGCGGAGGGUCAACCAGGAACGCCGGGCAAAGGCCACAUAGCUGGAUGGGAGGACUCUGGUAAGAGCUCAGAGAAAAAGCUUGGGAAGAGAGAUAGGGACACAUCUGGAAGACCUACGAAUGCUACGCAAGCGACGCCUACCACCGAUGCAAUCACCGGCCUCCCGCUAGACAUUCCAGCAGCGCGGGCGCAGGUAGGUGAUUCUUUGGGCCAAUGGGACUGUCACCCCCAAGGCUUGGAGCCGGCUGCUCAAUUUGGAGCUGAAAAGUUCUCGAUGGGUGGAGGUCAAGACUCUACGUACGAGUAUUUUCCAAAGCAAUAUCUUCUCCUAGGUGGUCUGGAACCAGUGUAUAAGAAAAUGUAUCUCAAGACGAUUGAGGACAUCAAAAAAUACAUGCUCUUCCGACCGAUGACGCCGGAUAAUCAAGAUAUCCUCUUCUCAGGAUCCGUUACGACCAGAGGCAAACCUGAACAGGAUGCGAAACUGAGUGCUGAUGUAGACCAUCUUACUUGCUUCAUUGGCGGGAUGGUGGGCAUGUCCGCCAAGAUAUUUGGCCUUGACGAAGAUAUAGAGAUAGCAAAGAGGCUUACAGAUGGUUGUGUCUGGGCCUACGGAUCCACGGCGACGGGGAUCAUGCCUGAAGGUGCAACAGUCUAUCCUUGCGAAAGCGUCCAAGAUUGCACUUGGAAUCAGACGGCUUACUACCUUUUCCUGGAUCCUAUGGGAAGCACGAGAGAUCUCCAAGUCGAAGACUACCUGGCGACUCAAGCCGAGCGGGAAGCUGAAGAAGCUGCGUUCCUUAUAGCUUCAGGAACUAAAGAAGAUGACUCCGGCGCUAAAAGUGCGACUGGUCUGGACAUACCAGCUGGAAGCUCCACAGGACAUGAUUAUGAUUUGACUGAUCCCUCUCACGGCACUGAGUCUUUGAAGAAAGAGAAACCAAUCUCGUUGGCGAAACGUCAAGACAAUCCCAAGAACGAUUUACCGAAACCAAUUACCCACAAUUUUAAGGACGACCUUCCAUCAAAGCCCAGCAUGCAGAAGAAUCAGAACAAAAACCAGCCAAGUGAUAUCAAGUCAGAAGCUCAGGCAGCGGCCAAGGAAUCACUCAAGCAGAAGAGCGACCUUACAGAGGCAGAAUUAGAGGACAUAGCUAGGUCUGGUCGUCAAGCCGAGAUGCCUCUUGUUGAGCACAAACCUACUCACGAAGAUCUACCACCAGAUCCAUUCCGCCCUCUUAAUCAUACAGAGUAUGUCGAGGCUCGCAUCAAGCAAGGCAAUCUUCCACCUGGUUUUGUCACUUUGAAGUCAAGAAAGUACAUUCUCAGGCCUGAAGCUAUCGAGUCUGUUUGGUAUAUGUACCGCAUCACAGGCGACCCAACUUGGCAAGACAAGGGCUGGAAGAUGUUUGAGGCCAUCAUCAACGCCACCUCGGUCACAUACGGCCAUGCCGCUGUGUACGAUGUCACAGAGCCUACACCAUAUCAUAUGGAUUCCAUGGAGAGUUUCUGGCUCGCAGAAACGUUAAAAUACUUUUACCUACUUUUCUCCACUCCCGACGAAAUCAGCCUGGACGAAUGGGUCUUGAACACGGAAGCUCAUCCUUUCAAACGCCCGUCGUGA